GCCUCGUCAGUUACUUUUCGCGAUUCACCGAGCGCGUUCCACGGGGUAUAUCCGAGUGCUGCCGUCAAUCUCCAAACGUUUUUGACAACACAACGUCAACACUGAAAAAAAAAAAUAAUAAUAAAACCAACACCAUCAUUCUCCAUCUCCUCUCCAUACCUUUUGAUAAUCGCCGUCAUUAAUCACUUAUUAUCCACUCAUGACACAACUCCCAUCAUAUCGUGUCAAAUUUCCCGUACAUUCUUUUUUUGGCGGGAACGAGUAAAAAACUGGAAAAAAAACAUAAAAGCCAAUUCAAGUUUUAUCAAGUGAAAUAGACGAGAUAAAAACAAAUCAAUGUUAAUAAAAAAAAAUUAUAUUAAUUAAAUUUAAAAAAAAAAACAAAAAAAAAAUUCCCGAGUGUUAAAAGGGUAAACAAAUCACGUUACGAAAUCAAAAGUAAGCAAUUGGAAACGGAAACGAAAAUUGAAACAAAACGUAAACAUUGUUUCAACAAAAAUAGGGGUGAAAUUGAAGCAGACUAAAGGCUGAAAAUAAAACAAAAAAAAGUAAAUAUAACAAAAAAGUCGAAUAAACAAUAAAUUGAAAAAAUUUCACUUCUAACGAAGAAAUUAAAUUUUUUUUUCCCCACAAAAUUUAAAAAAUCUAUACUCGAAAGUUAGAUGAAAACAAACCGCGGCAAAAGAAAGGUAAAUAGAGAGAAAAUUCCUUCUAAAUGUAAACAAAUCGAAGUAAAGUGAAAGAAAAAACAAACACAAGACUAUACCUAACAGAAAGUAAACAAGGAAGCAAAUUAAAAAAAAAACGGGAAAAACAUAACAAAAGAAAGAACAGAAAAAAUUCGAGGGAAAGUGAAAAAAAAGGUUAAAUGUACAAAGUGAAAAAUCAAAGAAAAGUGAAAAUUCAAAACAAAGUGAAAUUGGAAAAGUGAAAAAAGGAAAUAAAAGUGAAAUAACCGAAAGUGAGAAAAGAGGCAAACAUAACCUAAAAAAAACUGUAUGUAAAAAUUAACUCUCAAGGGUGAUAAAAAAAAUGAAAGCAAUUUAAAAAUUGUAAAAAAAAAUCGAAAUUCGUAUGCAUAUCGGGCAUUGUGAGAGUGGAGGGAAGGCAAUAAGAGUCAAUUGGAAGAGAAGGAGUACGAUUUGCUGUUAUCUGGGAAUUCGAGGACUUUCGGCGCAUCGUGCAAAGGGAAAUUCCUCGCUAGAGAACGAAGCCGCGCGAUAACGAGAAUCCGGAAGAGGGACGAGAAAGAGAGUUACUGGUCUCGUGAGAGAGAGAGAAAAGGAAAGAGAUAAAGAGAGGGAGGGAGAAAUAGAGUUAGUGGAAGAGAGAAAGAGAGAGAAACAAGGAAAGUAGUGGAUUGUCCACGCGUUCCAGCGCUGUGUGUAUACGUGUAACGAGUUUUCGGGACGUUUCCAAUCGAGCACGAACGAGGGGAAUGGCAAUAUAGUAGUGUGACGGUUGACUCGUGACUCGGAAUUUAUGGGAUUUUGUUCGCUCGAUUUUCCAAAAGGAGACCUGCUGCUUUUGCAAUCAUAUUCGACAAUUGCAUUCCAAAUUUAUAUACCAAAAACGUCAGAGUGAAACGAUCUGCGUUAAUUAAUAUACCCUUUUGUAAAACCCACACGUUUCAAAGUGACUUCCACAAAGUGCACCGACGAUAAGACAAUUCAGUCCUAUCCACGUGACGUUAUUGUCAGCAUCAAUGAGAAGGGGAAUCAAGGCAUUGAAUUAAGAACAAUUGCUGAUCAUUCUACUUUAAAUCAUAAUAGUGUUGCCGCGGACUUUGUGGAUAUUGAUCAGCAACUUCUGACAACUGCUCUGACUCGUCACUAUGCCUCAGUGAUGGACGGUGAGGGAACGUUGGGCCGUGGGCAUUCGAAUGGGGGCCGUGGACUGCGCCGUCAACGGUCCCUAGAAUGGCGAGAAAGGCGCGGUUAUGGAGGCAAUGGUCAAUCCAGCAGCGACGAUGAAGACAACACUCGUCAUGGCGUCGGUCCUACUUCUUCUGCCACCAGAGGCGCUCGAAGUCCUGGCCAAGUUCUCGCUUCUCUUCUGGCCCAACAAUAUAACGGUGAUCGUUCAUAUCGCACGGGAUCCGAUACGGAAGGUGCAGUUACAACGGACAAUCCAACAACUCCAUUUCCGACUCCACCUCCAACAUUAACACCAAAUCAUCGUCAGGCAUCUCCGUUUCCUUUGGAAAGUACAAAUUCACGACGUCAUCAUUAUAAUGGCAGUAUUUCAUCAGAAAGAUCUCGGAAUGGUAACGGUGAAACUGUUUAUGCAGCAGCAUCAAAAAAGACAAGUUCUGCAGGGGCUAGUACUUUGAGUCGAAGAACACGUCGGGGUCAUGGAAGUGCUUUGAGCAGUAGUUCAACAGCAAGUGAUCGAUCUGAAAAUGUUUAUCCCGAUGAACAUGGUCGCCUUCAUCUCAGCAAUGGUCUGGUCGUGUCUGCCUAUUUCACAGACAAUGGCCGAGAUUCACCACCGGAACCAGCGCCACCAGAAGUACCACCUCGUGGUCCAUCUUUGCACGCAACACAUACUCUACGUUCUCAACAAAACCGCAAUGGCUGCCCUCCAAAUGCAUCUGGAAAUUUCAACCUAUCGUCAGAGCAAGUUCCAUCUGAAACCUUCUCCGAGUACCUGAUGUCAGGAAGUCCUCGAACCUAUCCGGCACGGUCUCCGGGGGUUGCAUCUACGCCUACAGUCACCAGAUUACCGCCACCUCAACAACAAGUUCCUGUCGGUUCUCUAGGAGGUGGAAUGGGAACUGGAGUGGGCAACGGUGGAAAUGGCACAACAGGGGCCCAAGGUCAACCCUUGGUAAUGCCGGGAUUUCCACUACGAGCAGCAGCGGUACCUCAUUACUCUCCCUAUUCACCAUCACGAUUUCAUAUUGACAAGAGGUGUCAACACAGAUGCUCGUGGAAAUGCUUCUCCAUUGCCUUGAUUCUUCUCACCGUUGCUCUCGUUGCCAUGCUCGCAUACUUUGCCGCUGUGAGUUCAAUGCGGCCAAUGGAUAGCACCAAUUGUAUUUUAGUUCAAGAUAUAAAGGCUGUUACCCAUGAAAAUUCACACGUUCAUGAUUCGAUAUCAACGCAGGUUCCAACGGAAGAGAGUUUACCAACAAGUACAGCGGAACAUUCAAGUGCAUCGGAGAAUACUGGCGAGCAACAACAAAGUGAUCCGCAAAUUCAACAAUCGGCGCAACAAUGGCCAGCGGUUUUGGAAUUGCAAGCUUAUAAUGUGGCUCAUUCUGCCAUGAUACCACCGUACAAUUUUUGGAAUACCGAAUUCUUGAACAAACAGCCUGCUUUUAUACGACUCAAUUUAACAUUACCGUGGGGUGCAAACUUUGCUGUUUAUGGAAGACGAAAUGUUGCACCGAGCGUUAUGCAAUAUGAUUUUGUUGAAUUUGUCAAAGGUGGAAGAGUCGAUCAUCGUCUCAAGAGGCAUAUCACCACAUCUGAUGUCAGCAUUUACAGUCAUCCUACAAAACACGAAAGAUUGCAUUCAAAGAAUGAUGAUGACGAUGAUGAGAACUCGAAACAUCAUUUGAUCAAAAGAAACACUUUAGAGUCAAUGUUGGUUAACGUUAGUCUCUUACAGUAUUUAGAUACUGGUAGAUGGUUCCUUUCGGUUUACAAUGAUGAAUUACAACCUUACAAAGUCACGCUAAUUGUUACCGAGGCAGAAGGAGUAUCAACAACUUGUUUAAACGACUGUUCCGGAAGAGGCUCAUGUUAUCUGGGCAAAUGCGACUGCAUCGACGGAUAUCAGGGCGCUGACUGCAGCAAAAGCGUUUGCCCAGUUUUAUGUUCGUCGCAUGGGCAAUAUGGAGGUGGCGUCUGUCACUGUGAGGACGGUUGGAAGGGUGCCGAGUGUGAUAUACCCAUUGGGGAUUGCCAAGUUCCCGAUUGCAACCAACAUGGCCAGUGCGUACGAGGUUCAUGCAUCUGCAAUUCUGGAUGGAAAGGACCCUUUUGUUCCGAACCUGACUGUCCGGAUCCCAGCUGCAGUGGACAUGGCGCCUGCGUCGCAGGCAAAUGCUAUUGCAAGGCCGGUUGGCAAGGCGAAAGGUGUAACCAGGUGGACCAAAGAGUCUAUCAAUGUUUGCCAGGCUGCUCCGAACAUGGUACUUACGAUUUGGAAUCGGCCGCUUGCAUCUGCGAGGAGCAUUGGACUGGAAUCGAUUGCUCACAACCGAGCUGUGGACUCGAUUGCGGACCACAUGGAACCUGCAAGCAGGGUGUUUGCAAAUGUCACGACGAUUGGACGGGAGCGAAAUGUGAUCAGAAACCUUGUGAUCCAAGAUGUGCAGAGCAUGGACAAUGUAAAAAUGGUACAUGCGUAUGUAGUCAGGGUUGGAAUGGAAAACAUUGUACAUUGCCUGGUUGUGAGAAAUCGUGCAGCCGGCAUGGGUUGUGCAGUCUCCUUGAUGGUGAAUACAGCUGUGAUUGUGCAACCGGUUGGGCUGGCAGGGAUUGCAGUAUCCCCCUCGAGAUGGAAUGUAAAGAUGAGAUUGAUAACGACAAGGAUGGAAUGAUCGACUGUUCGGAUAGUGAGUGCUGUUCACAUGAAGCGUGCGCUGAUCACAUAAUGUGCCUUGCCAGCAAUGAUCCUGUUGAGGUUCUUCUCCGAAAGCAGCCACCAAGUGUAACUGCAUCCUUUUAUCAACGCGUCAAAUUUCUAAUCGAAGAGAACAGCGUACAGAGUUACGCACACACGGACGAGUACGGUGAAAGUGCGUUCUGGAGUUCCUUUACACCGCGCCGAGUGGCAGUUAUGCGAGGCCAGGUUGUUACGGAACAAGGACUUGGAAUUGUAGGCAUUCGUGUCUCUGUUGACAAAGACUCACGAUUUGGAUUCACUUUAACCAGAGCUGGUGGAUGGUUCGACGUUCUCGUUAAUGGCGGAGGUGCAGUGACUCUUCAAUUUCAACGAAGUCCUUUCAGGCCUCUCACGCGAACAGUCUUUGUACCAUGGAAUCAAAUUGUGGUUCUACCGCCAGUCGUAAUGACUUUAAGCGAAGGAGGCGAUUCAUCAAAAUCUAAGCAACCACCCAGUCCAGCUGUUGGCUUCCCAGGGUUUUCAGUGGGUUUAUUUGGAUUGAAUGGACCAUGCGAGGAGCACGAUCACGAAACACUACGACCAAUCAUUGUUGACACAUGGAUGCCCGAAAAAGUUGGCGGUUUACCUGGCAAGAGUUUGGUCUUUGCCGAGACUCAGAUUGUUCAAGAGAGUAUUGCAAUUCCGGGAUCGAAUCUCCACCUGAUGUAUCAGAGUAGUCAGGCUGCGGGCUAUUUGUCAACAGUGAGAAUGCAACUAACGGGGUCAUUUAUUCCAAAAUCACUGACUCAUGUUCAUGUACAUGUGGAAAUUGAGGGUUCAUUGCAUACAAAAACAUACGAGGCUGAUCCUAAUUUAACGCAUACAUUCGCUUGGAACAAGAGAAAUGUGUAUAAGCAAAAGGUUUAUGGUAUUGCGCAAGCGAAAAUCUCCAUUGGCUAUCAACAUUCGACAUGUCCAUCAGUCAUUUGGGAAACACAAACCGCAACAUUGCAAGGUUUCGAUGUUGAUAUUUCGGAUGUUGGCGGUUGGGGUUUGGAUAUUCAUCAUCACUACAAUUUCCAUGAGGGAAUUUUGCAAAAAGGCGAUGGAUCGACACUUCAUUUCAAACAAUAUCCCCGUACGGUUAAAGUCAUCAUGGGCACGGGACUUCAGAGAAAAUUACAAUGCGAAGAUUGCAAUGGAUUAGCGAAAGACGCACUACUCCUAACACCAGUUGCUCUAACAAGUGGACCCGAUGGCAGUAUCUAUGUGGGUGAUUUCAAUCUUGUUCGCCGUAUCACACCCGAGGGAAAAGUCUACACUGUUCUCAAGCUAAGAGCAACGCAAGUGGCUUAUCAAUACUACAUCUGUGUAUCACCAGCCGAUGGUCAUUUAUACAUAAGCGAUCCUGAGAAACACCAAAUUCUAAGAGCACUUUCCUUGGACGAAGUCCAAGAUCCUGAUAUAAAUAUUGAACCAGUUGUUGGUAGUGGCGAACGCUGUAUACCUGGUGAUGAGGGUCAUUGUGGCGAUGAAGGACCUGCCAUACGAGCAAAACUUGCUCACCCAAAAGGAAUAGCAAUAGCAGCCGACAAGACAAUGUACAUUGCUGAUGGAACAAAUAUAAGGGCAGUGGAUCCUAGGGGAAUGAUUCACACACUUGUGGGUCAUCAUGGUCAUCAUAAUCAUUGGUCACCGGCUCCUUGUGUUGGAGCAAUUCCCGCGCAUCAAGCACAACUUCAAUGGCCAACUGGUUUAACUCUAAGUCCAUUGGAUGGAUCAUUACAUUUUAUUGACGAUCGUCUUGUGUUGAAACUCACUAGCGAUUUGAAAGUUCGUGUCGUCGCUGGAACACCCUUACAUUGUACCACCGGUUUAACUAACAACGAUUCAAAAACAAAUGCCACCAGUGUUAAAAAAUCCGAAGAUAUUCUUGGUUCCGUCUUGGCCGUUGGAUUCAGUCCAACUGGUGAAUUAUACAUUGCCGAUAGUGAUUCCCAUCGUGUUAAUUCAGUGCGAGUUGUCGAUUCAUCAGGUAAAAUGUCCUAUUUCGCUGGCCAACAACACGAACACCUUCGCGGACAGUGUGAAUGCAAUAAUACAACACCAAGUACAAAGGAAUCGGAUUUCACCUGCUCGUGUACGGAUGACACAAGCAGUACCGAGACCCUACUCUCAUCGAAUGCUAAAUUUACCGCCAUUUCCGCUCUAGCAGUUUCACCCGAUGGUGUUUUACAUAUCGCCGAUCAGGGUAGUUUACACAUUCUCGCACUACAACCCUAUCUUCCAAAUCAUGACGAAAGUGGCGAAUUUCACAUUCCCUUCCCACCAUCAAACGAAGUCUAUGUCUUCAAUCGUUACGGACAACAUGUCGACACUAAGGAUCUAACAUCCGGCAAGACAAGAUACUCCUUCCUCUACAGUAAGAACACUAGUUUUGGAAAACUAUCAACAGUCACUGAUAGCGCGGGCAAUAAAAUACAAUUCCUUCGCGAUUACAGCAAUGUCGUGAGCUCCAUUGAAAACACCCAGGAUCAUAAAUCGGAAUUAAAAAUCUCAGGCGUUGGAUUUUUGGUUAAACUCUCAGAGAAGGGAAGAUCGGAAAUAACACUCGAUUAUGAUAGUGCAACAGGUUUAUUGACUAGUCGAUCGGGUGGUCGUGAAACUUACAUGUACAAUUACGAUGAUCUUGGACGUGUAACCCAAGUGAUUUUACCAACUGGCGAGAAAUUAAAACUCUCCUCACAAUUGACAACCGACGAGACAUUAUCCGUCAAAGUUGCCGCUCCCCUUCAGGCUUUAAAAUUGGGCGAAAAGCAACGUUUCAUGGAAUUUCAAAUGAAAAACGAAAGAUUGAAUACUUUGACAAUUAUCGAUGGUACGAGAAUCAAGAAAGCGAUAUCUUAUCCCAAUAGUUCACUUGAAGUAUUUCUACCAGGUGGAGGAAGAGUUAUGACCGCAGCAAUGACAAAACAUCCCCUUUUGGAAGCGGCUCUUCCCGUCGAAGCCGAAAUGCUCCCAAUGUGGAGUUACCAAUCGAUGACUUUGGGAGAAUUAACAAACGUAAUGACAACCACCUACAAUCUCGUCGGUGACGUAAGUCAUCCCCAACAGACCCUGAGUCGUGAAAUUUGGGUCAACGACAGCCGAGUAAUAGGCGUUGAGUUCGAUCAAACAUUCGUUCGCGAAAUGUUUUACGAUAAAUCGAAAAAUCCACUAUUAACCGUAACAUUCGAUCCAUCAGGUCUGCCAUUAUCUUGGAAACCACAGGAACAAGUACACAAUUUAACCAUCACUUACGAUAGAUUCAAUCGUAUGAAUGACUGGAAAUGGGGCCCAACAGACGAAUCCUAUGGUUACGAUCGUCAUGGACAAUUGGCAAUGACACACAAUUCUCAAGACGGAACGAAAAGCUACACAUACAAUGAUUUUAAUAUGCUGUCAAAAAUAACCCUAGCGAGUGGUCGCGCUUUUUCACUUCAAUACGAUGACGAUGGUGGAUUACGACACAUAAUUCUUCCAUCAAAGGAAAAACACUCAUUCUCCUGUCAAUCAUCCUUAGGUUUUCUUCGCGUAUCAUACACACCACCUGGAAACAUAAGAUCCUAUCUUCAACACUACAGUCACGAUGGCAAUCUUUUGCAAACUAUAUUUCCCGGUGAUGGAGCACGUAUCGUCUAUCGUUAUCACACAUCUGGUCAAUUGGCCGAAGUUGUUAAUGGCGAUGGUAAAAGUGAAAUGAAAUACACCGAAAGUGGCUUACCAUCGGAAGUAAUACACUCGGAGAGAGAUGUCGAAUACAAAUGGGAUUAUCAAUACAACGCUGGACUUCUAAUUGAAGAACGUAUUGAUUUUAGCGCCAAGACAGGUUUGAGCAAUGCUAAAUUCACCUUUGACUAUGAUUCUAAUUUUAGGCUCACGUCCAUUCAAGGUAGAAUUGGUGGACAAAAUCUUCCAUCGCACAUUGUUGCCUACAAUAGUAAAACUGGAACAUUAGAACAGAUAGGUUCGUUCAAAAUCUCAAAACCCCAACCAAAUGAAACGACUGUUUUCGAUGGAACGGCGAUAUUUUCCAGAAAAACUGAUAUGCGUUUUCUAGAGACGGAAGUAACGGUCACAAUUCACGGUAUGGAAGUAUUUAGAAUGAAAUUUACUCACGACUCCUGGGGUAGAAUCAAUCAAACGAGGACUGAUACUCGUAAUGUUGGAGUUAAUACCUACACAAAUGUUAAGAACUACACUUGGGAUGCGGAUGGACAAUUAAUUGGUGUCGAGGCACAAGAACCUUGGGACUUUAAAUACGAUCCAAAUGGAAAUAUGUUGUCCCUAACCUAUCGUGGUAAUACAAUACCAAUGAGUUAUAAUUCAAUGGAUAGAAUAGUCAAAUUUGGAGAUGGAUUAUACAAAUACGAUAAUAGGGGUCUAGUAAUACAGAAUGCGCGUGAAGAAAGAUUUGAUUACAACGCUAAGGGAUUAUUGGUACGUGCUACAAAACGAGGACGUUUCGAUAUAAAAUAUUACUAUGAUCAUUUGGAUCGUCUAUCGACACGAAAAGAUAAUUAUGGAAAUGUAACACAAUUUUUCUAUACAAAUCAAAAGAGGCCGCAAGAAGUUAGUCAAAUCUACAGUCCAAGGGAUGGAAAACUAAUAUCAUUGGUUUAUGACGAUAGGGGACAUUUGAUUUAUGCGCAAGUUUAUAGAAAUAAAUUUUACAUAACAACAGAUCAAUGUGGAACGCCAAUUAUGAUUUUUAAUCAAUAUGGCGAGGGUGUUAGGGAAAUAAUGAGAUCACCGUAUGGGCAUAUUGUUUAUGAUUCGAAUCCUUAUCUUUAUAUACCGGUGGACUUUUGUGGUGGUAUAUUGGAUGCUGUGACAUCAUUGGUUCAUAUGCCAAAUGGUAAAGUUUAUGAUCCACUUAUUGGUCAAUAUAUGUCGCCAUUGUGGGAGAAUGUAUUGGAUAGACUUCAAACACCAACGCAUUUACAUUUUUAUCGUUUCAAUGGAAAUAAUCCUAUUGAUGUGGCACACACGAAUCGUCAAAAACAAUUGUCGGAUCAUACUUCUUGGCUGUCGAGUUUGGGUUACGAUUUGGAGAGUUUGGCACCGCAAUUGUUUCCCAAUGGGAGGGAUGAUAGACACGUUCCACCGGCAUUGAGUUCGGGGACUUCGAUAUUUGGCAAGAAGGAGAGGGUAAGGAAUUUGGGAGUGCAGUCGGGUUUUUUGGCUUACAUUGCACAGAGACAUUCGAGUGAUGCAGCGGGUUUGUCAGCACCACCGCGUUCAGCACUGAAGAAAGAUACAAGUGAAUUGAUACCUAAUCGUUUGGGCGCAGCGUCUGAUCCUCCUUUUGGAAAGGGUAUUCUGGUUUCUAGAACUGCGAACGGUCAAGCUGUUGUUUCGAGUGUUCCUACUGCCAAUACAAUUUACAAAGACGUUUUCACGACUGUUUUCAAUGAAUCCUAUUUUCUUCCCUUCACAUUUGUGCAUAGCGCUCAACAAGAUGCGUUCUAUUUUGUUAAAGAAGAAACAUGGAAAUCGGCCGAGGAUCGUGGCCAAUUGAAACGAUUGGGUGGUCAGGUGAAUACAACAUUUCAUCAGAAUUCCAAUGGCAGUGGUAGUAGUUCACUGGUGGAUGUUAAAAUUCACGGACCGAGUUAUGUUAUUAAUCUCAGGUAUGGUACAACCGCUGAGAAGGAGAAACAGAGACUUCUUCAUCAUGCAAAAACUGCCGCGAUAAGAAAAGCCUGGCAUCGUGAGAGAGAGGCUCUUGAGGCAAAUACACUGACAAUGAUUGAAUGGACAGCUGCCGAACAGGAGGAGAUUGUAAAAGUUGGACUUGUCUCAAAUUACGAGGGUGACUACGUUCACGAUGCACAACUCUAUCCUGAACUUGCGGAGGAUCCCUAUAAUAUUAGAUUCACAAAGAAACCUGUCGAUCCAACAAGUCAAAAACGACGCAGAAGAAGAGAUGCUACUUGUAAAUUGUGGUGGUUCGACAAUUUUUGCUAGUAUGUGUGAGUGUACACUUUUCUUACAAACUCUACGCGAGUGACAAAAACACUAUCAAGAAAAGAAAAAGUUUUAUACCAAAGUCUAUUUGUGUAUUUCAAAGAUGCCAAAUACUAAAAAAAAAAUUAUAUUAUAUUACUACAUCGUGAUAGGGUCUAUUAUAGGAUUAAGUAGUUUUCCAGAAUACGACUGAUAUCUCGGUGAUACAAACUCUUUUACGAUUGAUGAAGAAUUAUGUCUUUCAGUGUGUGAAUCAUCUUCUAUGGAAGAUAUAAAAUUGAAGUGGAAACCGAAAUCCCGAAGAUGAAAUUUCCAACAGAAGACAAUUGUCGAAAUACGAUUUUUCUAUUGGAAGAAAAAGGAUUAGUGAAGUGUCCGUUUAAUAACGGUUUUAUUGAAAGACGUUCGCAAGUGUGUAACAAUGCGACGAUUUGAUACAAGGUACAUAAAAAAAAAGGAUUAGGUAUAUUACCGAGAGUUUGUCGUUGAGAUGGAAUGAAUGAUCCUAGUCAAUAAAUUAGCUUUAAAUUGACGUUUGCCUACAAAAAUUUACCGCGUGUCUAUUAAAUUAUCCCUAUAUUCUUCUAAAGAGAACUUUUUUUUUAUCCUCUAAAAAUUGGAUUUUAUUUUUUUCGUAAAGCUAGAGGAGUAAAUGAAAACUUAUUUUUCUCAAUUGACCCUUGUUUUGUAUGAAUGAAAACAAAAAUUUUCAACGACAAACUUCUCGAUUUGUUAUACAUUCGACGAUAAGAAGAAAAAAAAAUAUAGAACUCACAGAAUUGUCGUGUUUUAUAUAAAAACUAAGUGACCAUCAGUCUCGAGUAUCUUUUUUUUCAAAAAAUAAAAGAUGAAUGAGAGAGGCGAGAAAUUUGUAUUAUAUAGUGGUGCUUUCUCGGUGCAAUGUUGAACUAUGGACGAAAAGAAAAGAAAAAUUGAUGAAGGCUAACUUAUUUUUAACAAUGAAUGUAUUGUUAGCGUUAACUAGUGAUGAAUGAAGAGUGUAUCACCGUUGAACGGUGAUAAAAAAAAAAAAAUAGUGGAAUAAUUGAGGAUGAUAAAAAAUUUUUACCUUUCUUUUUUUUUUAUAAAACUAAUAACAUCUUUAUCCUCAGUUUCCACAAUUGUGACAAAAAAAAUCAAGUCACUUAAAGAAGUGUGUGUAUAAAUAAAUAAAUUAAAAUACGUAUUUGUGCUUGCUGGAUAAAUGGAACGAUCGAUAAACUCUGUUUCUUCACGAAUUAAUAUGUGUAUUCACGUCGAAAUCGAACUACCGUCAAUACCCCCCCCCCCCCAACCACUCUUAUAUCAACUCGAAAAUAAUAAUCCCCAUAUUGUCAUCCGAUUAUUUUUUAUUACUCUAUCAUCAUCAUCAAAAAGUCAAUAAUCGUCUUCAUUUAUAUACACGAAAGGUUUAACAUAUAAAAAAAUAGUGGCGUCCUUACAUCUAUAUAUAAAAAAAAAACUUAUAUAUAGGUGAAAUAAAAAGAAGACAUUCGUUGUCUUAUUUAGUGGUUUAUAAACGCGCUACUUUGAAUGUAUAAAAAAUGAAUAUAGGUUAGGUGAGCUUCGUUAAAAUAUGAAUCUUUCCAUAAUUGACUCGAGAGUGUUGAGACUGACACCAAUUUCAUUCUGAGGUUCAAGAAAAUAAUGCAAAUUAUUAAAAUGAUCGAAUCUUAUGGUGCCUAACAUAACCUCAAAUAAUUUAAAAUGGCAUUAAAAAUUUUUCAUCUUUCAAAUUGUACUUCUUCUUUUUAUUAUUAAUAUUAUUAUUUUUAAACAAUAAUAAAACUUUGAAAAUAAAUUGAUAACAAAAAUUUAAGUGAGCCAACGCAGAAUGAAAUCUCUAAUCGUAAAUCUUAAGUUUUUACAUGAGAGAGAAAAGGACAAAAGAUAUUUCUAUUCUUUUCUCUCUCAUGUAAAAACUUAAGAUUUACGAUUAGAGAUUUCAUUCUGCUUUGGCCUAGUCUAAAGUUUUUCUAUUUAUAAAACGCUGAAACUUCGAGGUUAUGUUUCUCCCGCCAAAAAAUUCAAACAUCUUAAUAUUGCGAGAAUACUCGAUUCUAUAUUUAAUUUCUCGAGAAAAAAAAAUGCAAACUUUCUAUUCUCACUGGAAAACGAUUUUUCGUUUUAUUUGACAAAUCUAAGUUUUCUAAUAAAAAUAAAAGAGUUCAUAGAUUUUAAAUGGAAUUAAGGAAUAAUAAAUUAAUGUCUUAGAAGGAAAAUAGUUUGAGAUUAACUAAAAGUUGUUUUUUUUUGGGAAAAAUUCGCAAACGCAUUUGACUGAACUACAGUUUCAAUUCGUGAUCAUCUUAAAACACGUAUCCUACCUUCACACUAACAAAUCCCAACGUAUUUUUUUGUAAAUUUUUUAAAAAUACUAAAAACAAAUUAGUAUUUUUAAAAAUUAAUAAUUUUUAGUAAUAAUUAAAAUCUUUUAUAAUUGAAAAUUGAAAAAAUUAAAAUGAAUUUUAAUAUUUUUUUUAUAUAAUUAUAACAGCGUUGGGAUUGGUUAUUUUUUACACCCACACCAUAUAUAUAUAUAUAUGAGACUGCCACCUCUAUAUACUUUGAAAAACAAAAAAAAAAAAAAAGCAUCAAUUUAUAAAUAUUUUUACGCGCUCUUUCGACGAAUUUAAACGAUUUUCCUUAGGCGUAGAAAAGUCAGGUUCUUCUGCGUAGAGUCCAUAUCGUUUGUUCGUAAGAGAAUGUUUGCUAAAAAAAUAGUUUCUUUUCUUUGUUUAACGGGCAUUUCUUUGAGUUAAUAAAAUUCGAAAAUAUAAACGCAAAAUAAAUUUCUUUUUAUUCGAUAAUUAUUAUUUGAAAAAAAUGUAGAUUUUUCCUCCCGAAUGAUUAAAAAAAAAAAUAAUAAAUAAAUAAAAAAAAAAAUCUGCCGCCCUCAAAGUGUCCUGUAAUAUGUUGUCCCUGUUGAUAUAGAAUAAAUAAUCCACUAAACUCGGCUAUUAAGAAAUGGACUAUUUUUAUUAAGUAUCAAGUGUCAAAUAUGUGAACGCUAGUAAAAGAAUUGAAAGAUAUUAUGUAUGACAACACUUUGGAGUAUAUAUAAAUAAAUAUAUAUAUAUAAAUAUAAAUAUAUAUCUUUAAAAAAAAACCAAACUAAAAAUAAAUCAGGAGAGAGAAUCUAUUGCUAUGACUUCUAACUUCUAUGAAGUUUCGAGUUCUUGUUUCGCAAUUUUUCGCUAAUAACUUUAUCGGGUAAUAAACGUUUCUAUGUCCUCUCUAACCUCGAGAAAAAAGGGUUUUGAAAAAAUUUAACAAAAAAAAAAACGACCUUGUAAAUAAAAAAAAAAUCCCCUCGAUACGCUUGCACCUGGACCAAAGUGAAUAUAUAUUCAACGAAGAAACAUAUUUUGAAAAAAAUUCUUUUCAACAACUUUGUGAUUUCAGUGUUCGAUUUGUUUUCUCACACAUGACUAAAGGAAACGAUUUAAAAAAAAAUUUUCAAAAGAUAAUUUAAAAAUACUACUUAUUUGUUUCAAACUGUUUUUUAAAUUUUGAGGUUAUGUUAUAAACGAUUCGAACACCAUUUAAAAAAAAAAAAGAGAAAGUACUGAAGCUAAUUCUGUGAUUGUUUUUCUUUUUUAAAAUAUAUUUUGUAUAAAAUGCGAGGAAGAAAUGUUUUUGUAAAAAAUUAAUUUUAAGCGCUUCUUUAUUCAAAUUAAUAUAUUCGCCGUUUGAAAUAUGUUCACUUUGGAUAAAUCCGUUUGCACGCUCAAAAAAAAAAAUAAUCGAAUGAAUAGCGGAAUCAAAGUAAAGGAAUGUGUAACGACGCUAUAAUAAAGAAAAAAAUAAAAAAAAAGGAGCUGAAACCAAAGCACAACGCUACAUAGCUACGACCACUACUUUGGUAGGAUACGCUAUUUUGCCGCUAUGAUCUAAUUGUUUACUGUCACGUGUUGCUGUAAACCAUAAACUACAUAACGAUACGAUAUAUUUUAUUUAUAUAUUAAUAAUCUAAUCGAUUGUAUAUUUAUUGUAAAUAGUCACGAUGUUUGCGAUGACGUACAUAAUAUAUCUGUACUUGAAUGGAA